AUGGAAUGGCGGCAAAAAGUGUAUUAUCGUGGUGGCAACAGCCAGCAAAUUCAAGAUAUUCGCGAAAGUCUGAGACAAAUUCGAGCGAAAAAACGGUUAAAACAGUCAAGCAUGAAAGAAAAAAAGCAGCGAACCAGAAGCUUGAUGGACGUCAAAUCACAUAUUCAGAAUAAUCAGGAUGAAGCUUUAAACGGAGGAUAUGAGGAAAGAUGCACAUUUUUGAAUAAACUUUGCAGUUUGAUCGCUGAAACGACACUCGAAGAGCUUGGUGAUAAUGAAUUCUUUGAAGAUCUUUGCCAAUUAAUGCUGAAAUUCGUGAAUGAUGAUCAUCCGUGCAUUCGUGCGAUGUGUUUUCACCUCCUACGCAAAACCACCCAAAACGGCCGAAAUUUGACAUAUCUGCUGACGUCGCACGUCGACAUUUACGUCGUUCGCGCAAUCGAUUUGCAAAUUGAAAAUGAGCAAGAAAGGAUUGAAGCGUUCAAGCUCAUCUCAUGGAUGAUGAAAGUUUAUGAGAAAUCGAGUCUCAAGAAGCUUAUCGAUGACGCGAAGGCGAAUAGUAGCGAGAAGAAGUACGCGUUCCCAAAAUCCAUCAUGCAACCAAUUAUUUCAAUAGCGCUCGGCGAGCUUCAAAAAGAGAAGCCCUCAGAUUCGUACAAGAGCGCCGCCAAAAAGGAGCUCCCGCGCGACAAAAUGGGCCUGCCUUGCGUCGGCCUCUUCCUCGAAUUUUGUCUUUCCGAGCCCGACUUGAUUUUGGACAUGGCCGGAACCGAUUGGAUUGUGCGAGUUCUCACGGGCGUCUCGACGAUGCCGCGACGAAUUGUGAUUCUCGUCUCGCAUAUUCUGAUGACGUGGCUCGAUAGUCCGCAUAUCCGACUGAGAGCUGGCCUUCACAUGGUGCUGGAGCAGAUAUUCGCGCCGCUCAUUGAGUACGGGUUCUUUCAACGAAAACCGACGAUCGCGAAUUACAUGCGCGAUCCGUUUGGCAUGAACGAUAUUCUCGAGCACUUCAAAGUCACAUUCUUGUGCUUGCUGCGUUCAUGGCCGGGACUGUUCUCGUGCGCCGCCGUCGGCGCCAACGGCAAUAUAUCGGCGUCGUCGCCGUUGCGACUACUCGAAUAUCUCGGGCUCGGAACGGUGGAGAACGAGAAUCUCAUUCGAAUCCGAAACAUGGUUGUCGACAUUUGUUGCGAGUUUGUCGAUGUGCCCUAUGCGAGCAGCAAGUUCGAGUCAUGGACAGAAGCGUUGCAAUUCUACAAGACCAUGCAUCUACCAAAUAAGUACAAGAGCUCGUUGAAGAACGACUUCGUGGUCGCUCAGAAUGACACAAGGAUGUUUCAUGAUGUGAACCGGCAAUCCCGUUCGCUUGAUCUACUCGCCUCAUUUCGAACGCUCAGCCAAUUCAUUCUCAUCAACGCCUCGCUGCCGCAAUGUCUUGCCCGUUUGAUUCUAACGAAUCCCGAUUCGCAGAGCGGCUUGAAGGCGACACUUUUGCUCGCCGAUCUUCUUCGUCAUGCGCCGUCGCAUGUGCCGUCGAAUUGGCGAGCGCCGGUGCUGAGCCUGCCGACACUUGUGCAAUCGGCUUGUGAGAAGCUGGUUCUGAGUCGCGCCGCCGCCGCCGUCAACGGAACACUCGAUCAACUUCACGAGGAGCGCACGUUUGUGCAUUCCGAGAACGCCGAGCUCGUACUUCAUCGCGUCGAUGAGCUGAAUCGCAGUUGGAUUCGGAGUGCGGCGAAUUCGGCGACGAUGCUCAAAGAGUCCUACCUUUAUAUAUUUGUGCCGAAUGUCGAGCCGCAGAUUGUUGUCACCGAUCAAUCGUCGCCGGAGAUCAAUGAAGAAUCGAGGCGCGGCAAUUUUUACGAUACCGCCUUGUCGGGCCGAUAUGAUAAGAAUAAAUUGAUGCUCCUCGAUCACACCGACAAUUAUGACUAUUCGAGACAUCAUUCGCGAAGCUUGAAUUUGGACGAUGAUGACGAUCGAGCGAGCACACUGUUCCAUGAUGAAAAUGGUCUUGUGAAUUGGAGCUACGCUGAAUAUUAUUUUGAGAAUUUGGAGAAUGACUCGGAUGAUCAUAUAAUUAAAGAAUUUGCAAUGAAAUCGAUGGAAGAAUAUGUAAUCAAGAUUUUUGAGUAUUUAACCCCGUUGACUCAGCAGUUUGAGCGUCGAAUUAUCAGCCAUCAACAGAUAAUUGUUGUCAAAUUGAUAUUGAAGCUUGUCCUUCGCGUUUUGCCCUUUAAUGAGUCGAUUCGUCAGGAUUAUCAUCAUAUCAUCAAUAAAUACCUAACGGGAUUUCAGAGUGCCUUUCAAGGGCGCGAAACCAACACCUCAUAUUUUUAUCCGCGAAAUUUGUCAUACACCGGCUCGAUGUACCAUUUUGCCAUUGUUGGCUUCUUGUCGACGACGCCCUACGGCACAGGGAUGCUCAACGAGCUCGGAAUACUGCACAUGUGA